AUGGCAGACUACGAUUAUCCUCAAUCCCCCACAAUGUCACAAGACCGACACAUGGGCUCAAUGGCCGCAGCACUCAGAUCGAGGCUCGAAGACCUCCCGCAAUUAAAUAUGGCCAACCUGGGCACCCAUUGGAAAAGAACAUCUCUCGAGUACCCCAAUUCCGCAUCAUCAUCUCGUUCAGCAUAUUCGUUCAGUUCAAGACUAUCAGAAGAUACCGACGCCACAGAUCUAACCGUCACACCAACCGCUCGCUCGCGCGCAAGCACAUUUGAUAACGCCGAGCAUCUGCCUAUGCCUGUCGUCCCUCCAGUGCCCUGCAAGCCUCCCUUGAGAGUCGUGCUGGGCACAGCAUCAGUGGGAUCGAACCUGUCACCGCUGGCUAAAAUCACCACCGUCGAGGAAGCCUCCAAGUUCGUCAACCUGUUCCGUUCAAGAGGCUACGCCGACAUCGACACUGCUCGAGCAUACCCAGUGGGCCGAGGUGGCACCUGCGAAAAGCUGUUGGGCGAGGAUGCACUCCGAUUAUCGAAAUGGGCCAAUGUCUCGACCAAAGUCUCCAGUUUCAUGCCCGGAUCCCAUCGAGCCAAGAACAUUGCCUUGAGCAUUGACCGAUCACUCGAAGCCUUGAACACCGACGCCGUCGAUGUCAUGUAUCUCCACGCUCCGGAUCGAGCAACCCCAUUCAAGGAGACCUGCGAGGCCAUGAACAAGGCUUACUAUGAAGGCAAGUUUGAACGCUUCGGCCUCUCCAACUACUCGGUGGAGGAAGUAGAAGAGAUUGUCCGCAUCUGCGAAGAGAACGGCUUUGUCAAACCUUCCGUCUAUCAAGGACAAUACAACCCCAUCUGCCGGGGUGGCGAGGAGCGAUUGUUCGCGGUCCUCCGCGAGCACAACAUUGCGUUCUACGCCUACAGCCCCUCGGCUUGUGGGUUCUUCUCUAACAAGGUCUCACGGGCCUCGACGAGAGACAGAAACAGCCGGUGGAACAUCGCCUCGCCCCUAGGUGCCAAAUAUGCCGGCGACUACUUUCAGGAUCCUCUCUUUGCCGCGGCCGAGAUUGUUCGCCAACAAGCCAAAAAGUUUGGCAUCAGUGGCCACGCUGCCGCUCUCCGAUGGACGACCUGGCAUUCACAGCUUGGUGCCGAGUACGGUGACGCCGUCAUCGUCGGUGCCUCCAAGCUCUCACAACUCAAAGAGAAUAUGGACAUCCUCGAACAAGGGCCCCUCCCUGAGCCUCUGGUGGAGACCUUGAACAGUGUCUGGGAAGACGUCCGCGCCCUCGAAAAGGGCCCCCGCUUUUCCUUUGUCUAA